AAUAACGGAAAGAUCAACUGUGCCAGCAGUGUCGACGGAUUCGACUUUGUCUGCACCGCCACAUGUAACACCGGAUUCCAGUUCAAGACAAAUGAAGCGUCCGUAGAACGAUCAUGUGACAACUUUGACGGAAGCUGGUAUGAUGGGAAGAAUAUCCCCGAGUGUCAGCCUGUAUGCUCCCCGGGGUGUCUGAACGGCGGGUCGUGCAAUGAACCCAAUAAGUGCGCUUGCAUAGACGGAUGGAGAGGCUCACACUGCCAGCACCAUUCCAGUCUGUGCGCGAAGCCCUCGGGUCCUUUGUUCGGCAGCAUCCAGUGCAAGGCUGACAGUACAGCUACUGUCUGUACUGUGGGCUGCGCACCCACCUUCAAGUUCCAGACACCCCCCGCCCCUGAGUACAGGUGCUCGGCUGAUGGUACAUGGAGUCCCCCCAAGGAGAGCAUCCCAGACUGUGUGCAAGAACUAGUUGCCCCAUCUGUUCAGCCAACGGGCAGUUUAAUCCACCCCGAGGUGAACGGUGACGCCACCUGCGUUACAUGGGGCCAGGACCACUACAGGACCUUCGACAACAAGAUGUACACAUUCCAGGGUAACUGCCACUACCUCCUCGCCAAGGACUGCGCCUUCAAUACCUUCGACAUCCACGUCAUCAACGGGAACUGCACGGUUGGAAAACAAUGCAAGAGAGAAAUAGACAUCUACAUGGGCUCAACGAAAAUCAGUUUGCGUCAAGGUGCUGGUGGACCCGAGGUCACGUGGAAUGAUGCCCCUGUGAAGGUCCCCGGUGCCCACGAUGGUGUUGUGUACGAACUGGUCGGCUCCUAUAUCGCCGUCAGAACUGGACUUGGCUUCAAGGUCAAAUGGGACGGAAAGGAGUCCAUCUUCGUGCAGGUGGCCGAUGAUCUGAAAGGCAAGACGUGUGGCCUGUGUGGACGUUACGACGGUGACCCUAACAACGAUUUCGAGACGGACACCGGCAAAGUGGUCACGUCUGCAGCUAGCUUCGCCACCACCUGGAAGAAGGAGCUUCUUGAUGGAUCCUCUUGUCCCGAUGUCUCCCAGCACGCUGUAUGCAAGAUGGACACCCCCCAAAACAGCCAGAAGGCCCUCAGGGCGUCCAAUAUCUGCCAACAGCUGAUGACUGAUGCCUCCUUCGCCGCCUGCCACUCUGUUGUUGACGUAAACCCCUACAUCGAAGCUUGCAAGACCGACUGUUGCAAUGGCGACCAGCAAGCAUGCAUGUGCAACACCUUCGAGGCGUACUCCAGGGAAUGCAUGUCAAAGAAGGUCAAACUCUCCUGGAGAAGGACUGAUAGAUGCCCUGUGGUGUGUCAGCGAAACCUGAUCUUCAAGGAAUGUGGCAGCCCCUGCCCCAAGAGGUGCCAAGACUCCAGCGCGACCUGUAAUGACGACACAUGCGUUGACGGUUGCUUUUGUCCCGACGGCACUGUUCUCCACAAUGGCGAGUGCAUCGCCGCCGACACCUGCCCCUGCGACAACAACGGUCAAGAGUUCAACCAUGGAGAAACCAUUCCCAGAGAUUGUAACACAUGCACAUGCAAUGGCGGAAAGUGGAACUGCACAGACAAAAAAUGUGAGGCUACCUGCUCUGCCACCGGAGAUCCUCACUACAUGACCUUCGACGGCUUCCGCUACAACUUCAUGGGUACCUGCAGCUACUACCUCAUCUACGAUCCAAACUUUGACGUCAUCGUUGACAACAUUAAAUGUGGACACGGAGAGGCAUCAUGCACGAAAUCUGUGACCCUCGAUGUCAACGGAAUGAACAUCAAGCUCGACCACAACCACCAGCUCUUUGUGAACGGAAAGGAGAUCACCAAACUCCCAUACAAGGCUCAGGGAAUCAAAAUCUUCAUGGUGUCAUCUCUCUUCAUGCAGGCUGAGCUUGACAACGGCAUCAAGAUCCUCUGGGACGGCCGCACUCGCGCCUAUAUCACCGCCCCUCCAUCCUUCAUGAAGAAGACCAAGGGUCUCUGCGGCUACUUUGACGGCAACCAGAACAACGACUUCCUCACAAAGGAAGGCGACAUUGAGACAAACGUCAACGCCUUCGGUAACCGUUGGAAGACUGAGGCCUCGUGUCGCGAUAUGCCUACAACCCCACAGGCCCACCCAUGUGACCUGAACGCUCAGAGGAAGGCCAAGGCUGUGGCUGAAUGCGAGAAGCUGAAGAGUGACACUUUCAAGGAAUGCCAUGACGUUGUGGACGUGGAUCAGUUCUAUGAUGACUGUCUGUAUGACACUUGUGCCUGCACUGAAAACCUCAAGGACUGCAUGUGCCCCAACUUCGGGGAAUACGCCGACACCUGUGCAGCUAAGGGCAUCAAGAUCAACUGGCGUUCUGAAAUCACAGAGUGUGCCCUGGUGUGUACCGGCGGCCAGGAGUACCAAGUCUGUGGCAGCCCCUGCGCCAGAACCUGCCGCAACAUCGCCGAGAGCGAGGCCUGCCAGGAGAGAUGUGUGGAAGGAUGCAACUGCCCCCCUGGCGAAUCUCUCAACAACGAUGGCGAAUGUGUCAGCAUCACACAGUGUCCUUGCAUCUUUGACGAGAGGGAAUAUGCAGCUGGAUUCACCACCAUCAAGGGAGAUGAACUUUGUGAAUGCGUGGGCGCCAAAUGGCACUGUCAGAACCUCCACGGCAAAGACGGAUCGUCAACUCUGCCCACCACAAAGCCCAUCCAGUCUCUCUGUGAGGAGAACAAGGUGUACACCAACUGCGUCUCUGCAUGCCCCGUCACAUGCGACAACGUGCACGACCCACCAACGUGCACCACGAGCACGUGUGAGCCUGGCUGUGUAUGUAAACCAGGGUUUGUGAAGGAGGGAGACCGAUGCGUGGAGGCCGGCCAGUGUCCAUGUCACCACGGAGGAAAAGCCUACUUCGAGAACCAGAAGAUAGUCAUGGACUGUAACGAAUGCACAUGCAAGAGUCGCAAGUGGGAAUGUGAGAUGAAGGACUGUCCCGCAAUCUGCAGCACAUACGGCGACUCCCAUUACAAGACCUUCGACGGCAAACCAUUUGAGUUCCAAGGCAACUGCGACUACAUCCUUGCCAAAUCCACUGAAACCAACCCCUCCAGGUUCCUGAUCACCACCGAGAACAUCCCCUGUGGCACCAGCGGUGUAACUUGCACCAAGGCCAUCGAGUUCUCUGUUGGCGAACCUGGAUCUGCUAACUUCUACCGUCUCAAUCUUGUUCGUGGUAAACCAGUCACGAACGAGCCCGGCUCACCUUUCGACAUCAGGGAAGUUGGCAACUUCGUCUACAUCAACACCACAUUGGGAAUCACCAUGCAGUGGGACAAAGGAACGACCCUUUACAUCAGGCUCAGUACCCCACACAGAAAUAAGGUUGCUGGUCUGUGUGGUAACUUCAAUGGAGACCAAAAGGAUGACUUCCAGAUGCCCCAGGGAGGUCCUCCUGCUGUCAAGGCCACCACCUUUGGUGACUCCUGGAAGGUCCACGACUACUGCGCCCCCUCAACUGUCAUCACCGACACCUGCGAAGCAGCCCCUCACCGCAAACCAUGGGCUCAGAAGAAGUGUGGCAUCAUGCAAUCAGACCUGUUUGAGCCUUGCCACGGCGUUGUGCCCUACCAGACGUACAUGGACAAAUGUAUCUUUGAUGCCUGCGCUUGUGACCUUGGAGGCGACUGUGAAUGUCUCUGUACUGCCGUUGCUGCUUACGCCCACGAGUGCGCUGUCAAAGGAGUCCCCAUCAGAUGGAGGAGCAAUGAGCUUUGUGCCAUUGAAUGCAUCGACUGCUUCACCUACAACCCCUGCAUUUCCACCUGCCCGAAGAAGACAUGCGACAACCGUCUUGUGUACGACCAACUGACAAAGGACUGCAAACAGGACCUGUGUUUCGAAGGUUGCGAUGCCCAGGCUUGCCUCCCGGGACAGGUGUACGACAGCAGCGUCUCGCCAAUGAAGUGCAUCCCAGAACCCUUCUGUAACACCACAGCCUGUGUCCUUAACGGAAGAGCUUACAGGGAGGGAGAACGGAUCACCGACGAGACCAUAUGUAGAUCUGAGUGCGAGAUCUGCACCUGUACCAAUGGUGAACUGAAGAGGAUUGGCUACUGCACAGGAAGUACGCCGUUAGUCUCCACCCCUUCUGCUAAACCUACAGCUCAACCAACCGUCUCCCCAACUGUAUAUACAGUCUCCUCUGAAACCGCAACGGCCUAUGUAUCUACAGCAAUGCCCCCUGCCUGUCUGAGUACUGGCUGGACCUCCUGGAUGAGUUCCUCUGUGCCAACACAAGCCAACAUCGGAGACAUUGAGACCAUUAGUGGCCUUAGGAAGUCCUAUUCCUUCUGUGGCCCUGAUAUGAUGACUGCCAUAGACUGUCGUGUCGUCGGUCAGAACACCAAGGCCGAAAUGUCUGGCCAGAAGGUCACAUGCAAUUUGCGGGAAGGACUUAAGUGCUACCAUAAAGAUCAGCCAAGCGGACUUUGCCUCGACUAUGAAGUUAGAUAUUACUGUGACUGCUUAGCAGCGCCAUCUGCCAGUCCAGUGCUUCCAGGACAGAGUGGUCAGCCAACAGCCAGUCCAAGUGCAGGUGGUCUCCCAACAGUCAGCCCAAGUGCAGGUCAGAGUGGACUCCCAACUGCUACACCAGGGCUCACAGGACAGAGUGGUCAGCCAACAGCCAGCCCAAGUGCAGGUGGUCUCCCAACAGCCAGCCCAAGCGCAGGUCAGAGUGGUCUUCCCACAGCCAGCCCAAGUGCAGGUGGUCUCCCAACAGCCAGCCCAAGUGCAGGUCAGAGUGGUCUCCCAACUGCUACACCAGGGCUCACAGGACAGAGUGGUCAGCCAACAGCCAGUCCAAGUGCAGGUGGUCUCCCAACAUCUAGUCCAAGUGCAGGUGGUCUCCCAACAGCCAGCCCAAGCGCAGGACAGAGUGGUCUUCCCACGGCUACACCAGGGCUUCCAGGACAGAGUAGUCAGCCAACAGCCAGUCCAAGUGCAGGACAGAGUGGUCUUCCCACGGCUACACCAGGGCUUCCAGGACAGAGUAGUCAGCCAACAGCCAGUCCAAGUGCAGGACAGAGUGGUCUUCCCACGGCUACACCAGGGCUUCCAGGACAGAGUAGUCAGCCAACAGCCAGUCCAAGUGCAGGACAGAGUGGUCUUCCCACAGCUACACCAGGACUUCCAGGGUCGAGUGGUCAGCCAACAGCAAGCCCCAUUCCAGGGCAGACUGGUCUUCCUACCAGCAGUGUGAUGACGAAAGCGCCUUACAGUUGCACUGAAGGAUGGUCAGCCUGGAUGAAUAUUGAUCGACCUACCAUCAGCCACAGCUUUGAAUUUGAAGGAGAAGGUGAUCAUGAAGACCUUGAAGCGCUGAGAUAUUACUACAGCUUCUGCGCAAAACCAUCUAGUGUACAGUGCAGAAGUGCCACUACAGGAAAAAUGUACCACUUGACAGCUGAUUUGGGAACAGAAUGCAACAUCAAACAGGGCUUCUUGUGUGCCAACAGCAAGCAAGCAACAGGCACAUGUGAUGACUAUGAAAUCAGCGUUUUCUGUGAAUGUGGACGAAAUCCAACUGCAGUGCCCACCGCUAAGCCAACACUUGCCCCAGGUUAUACAACUCCUAAACCUGGACAGCCUUUUGAAUCCCUUCCAUCGUGUAUGUGGACACAGUGGAUGAAUUCCUUUGAAAAGAAACCAGGGACCGACGGUGAUUAUGAAACGCUAAGCAACCUUCGUCUCAAGUAUCCAUUCUGCGAACAGCCAGUAGCCAUUCAAUGUAGAGUUAAACCAACACCUGAAAAUCCAACGGAAAUAUCCUAUGAGAAAUCUGGUGGAAUGGAUGUUUCCUGCAACUUGAACAGAGGUCUUGUAUGUGUUGAUUCCAUGCAGCCUAAAGGGAAGACGUGUUUGGAUUAUGAAGUGAGGGUAUACUGUACUGAUGCUUGUCCAUCAACUGUUGCCCCAGAGGGAACACCUACCGCUGAACCUCCUAUGAGUGAAACAGGUUUCCCAACAGCCAGCCCAGGUCUUCCAGGACAAAGUGGUCAACCAACAGCCAGUCCAAGUGCAGGUCAAAGUGGUCUUCCAACAGCCAGCCCAAGUGUUACAGGAAAGAGCGGUGAGCCAACAGCCAGCCCAAGUGCAGGUCAGAGUGGUCAACCAACGGCCAUCCCAGGUGUUACUGGAAAGAGCGGUGAGCCAACAGCAAGUCCAAGUGCAGGACAGAGUGGUCUCCCAACAGCCAGCCCAGGUGUUACAGGAAAGAGCGGUGAGCCAACAGCCAGCCCAAGUGCAGGUCAGAGUGGUCUUCCAACAGCCAGUCCAGGUGUUACAGGAAAGAGCGGUCAGCCAACAGCCAGCCCAAGUGCAGGUGGUCUCCCAACAGCCAGCCCAAGCGCAGGUCAGAGUGGUCUUCCCACAGCCAGCCCAAGUGCAGGUGGUCUCCCAACAGCCAGCCCAAGCGCAGGACAGAGUGGUCUUCCCACAGCCAGCCCAAGUGCAGGUGGUCUCCCAACAGCCAGCCCAAGCGCAGGUCAGAGUGGUCUUCCCACAGCAAGCCCAAGUGCAGGUGGUCUCCAAACAGCCAGCCCAAGUGCAGUAGUCAGGACAGCCAGUGGUCAACCAACAGCCAGUCCAUCUGGUGUACAAGGAGGCACCCCGACAGCCUCUGUACAGAUUUGUAAGGAGGGAUGGACAGGCUGGAUCAACUCCGAUAAACCAACCAGUGGCAAUGGCGAUGUUGAAACUGUCAGUGGAAUUGCUGGGUAUCCGAAAACAUGCAUGAAAGUCCUUUCAGCUGAAUGCAGAGUUGCUGAAACUAAAGCUGACUACAGAUCUACUGGACAGCACGUCAACUGUGACAGCUCCGGCCUUGAAUGUAUCAAUGGAGAAGGCCAACAGUGUGCAGAUUAUGAAGUUCGAUUCUAUUGUUUCUGUGGAGAAGAGACGACCCCAGGUGAAGUGCCAUCAGUGACUCCAACUGCCGGCCCCACUGUGUCUCCUGUGGCUGGAGUCAGUGGACAGACGGAGACCAUUGUCUGCAACCAUGGCUGGACCUCCAUGAUGAAUGAGGCCCGACCUGGAGAUGCCGAUGGCGGUGACCUGGAGACCAUUGACAAGCUGAGAAAAUCAAACAAAUUCUGUGACGAGAGUAACAUCAUCUCCAUUCAGUGUGUUGUUGCCGGAACCAAUACAGGUCAUGAACUGACAGGGCAGCAGGUCACAUGUGACAAACAGGCCGGUCUUCUCUGCUUCAACAGCAAACAGUCCAAUGGCCAGUGUCUGGACUAUGCAGUUCGAUUCUUCUGCGACUGUGCUCAAUCCACACCCUACAACCCCGUUGUGACGACAUAUGGUGUAUACACUGGCUCUAAUGAGGUGACGCCAUCUCUCAUCCCAUCAGCUAAACCAAGCGUCAGUCCAGUGGUUAAGAUUACAACUGCUCCACCAACCAUUGGCCAAAGUGGAAUGCCAACUGCAAGUCCUAUCCCAGGAAUGAGUGGCAGUCCAUCGGCACAACCACCAACAGGGUCAAGUGGACUUCCUACAUCAAGUCCAGGCAUAGGCCUCAGCGGUCAACCAACAGCCGGUCCAAGUACAGCACAGAGUGGUCAGCCAACAGCCAGUCCAAGUGCAGCACAGAGUGGUCAGCCAACAGCCAGUCCAAGUACAGCACAGAGUGGUCAGCCAACAGCCAGUCCAAGUGCAGGUCAGAGUGGUCUUCCAACAUCAAAGCCAAGCACAGGCCUUAGCGGUAAGCCAACAGCCAGUCCAAGUGCAGGACAGAGUGGUCAGCCAACAGCCAGUCUAAGUGCAGGACAGAGUGGUCAGCCAACAUCAAAGCCAAGCACAGGCCUUAGCGGUGAGCCAACAGCCAGUCCAAGUGCAGGUCAGAGUGGUCUUCCAACAGCCAGUCCAAGUGCAGGACAGAGUGGUCAGCCAACAGCGAGUCCAAGUGCAGGACAGAGUGGUCAGCCAACAUCAAAGCCAAGCACAGGCCUUAGCGGUCAACCAACAGCCAGUCCAAGUGCAGGACAGAGUGGUCUCCCAACAUCAAAGCCAAGCACAGGCCUUAGUGGUCAGCCAACAGCCAGUCCAAGUGCAGGACAGAGUGGUCAGCCAACAGCCAGUCCCAGUACAGGGCCCACCAACCAGCCUCAAGUAGUAACAACUUGUGCGGCAUAUUGGUCUCAGUGGUUCAACCUUGACAAGCCUACAACAGGUGGAGGCGACCAUGAGUUUGUUUCACACGAGGAUUUGAACAACAAAUUUGCUUUCUGUUCUGGUGGGGAGAUUACUGACAUCCAGUGUUUCGGACUUGACACACAAGCCUAUUCAUUCUCAACUGGAGAGAUUACACAAUGUGAUCUGAAGACGGGAUUCAGCUGUAAAAACGCCGAUAAUGCACCAUUUAACUGCCAAGACUACCAAAUCAGAUACUUCUGUCAAGUCUGCGCACUGGUACCAACUGCCGCCCCUAGUGCAGGCCCAAGUGGUCUUCCAGGACAGAGUGGUCAGCCCACAGCCAGCCCAGGUGUUACACAAACGGGUGGUGUUCCCUCAGCUAGUCCAAGUGCAGGACAGAGUGGUAUCCCAACAGCCAGCCCAAGUGCAGGACAGAGUGGUCAACCAUCAGCCAGUCCAAGUGCAGGACAGAGUGGUCUUCCAACAACCAGCCCAGGUGUUACACCAAAGGGUGGUGUUCCCUCAGCUAGUCCAAGUGCAGGACAGAGUGGUCUUCCAACAGCCAGCCCAAGUGCAGGACAGAGUGGUCAACCAUCAGCCAGCCCAGGUGUUACACAAAAGGGAGGUCAGCCAACAGCUAGUCCAAGCGCAGGCCAGAGUGGUCUUCCUACCGCAUCCCCAAGUGGUGGAGUUAGCGGUAUGCCGACGCCCGGACCAGACCAUGCUAUCAACAAUUCCCCAAGUGCCAAACCACACACUGUGAAGCCAACAGCAUCACCUUCAUAUGCACCUGUUACCAAGACAACAGCUAUAUAUACCACUUAUGGAAACACAAUUACAAUCACAAAGAAAGUGUGUGACAUCCCUAUGGGCACAGGAAAUCGUGAUCUUUUUGGAAGGGACCAGUUUUCUUCUUCAACAUCUUUCGACUACAGUUUUGAGGCAAACAGAGGACGACUGGGUUCAGCCAAAGAAGCAAACCUUGCAGGAGCAUGGAUGCCAAGAAUGAACGACAAAGAGCAGUGGAUCCAGGUAGACCUCAAACAUCCCGAGUUCAUUACUGGAGUAGUAACACAGGGUCGACCAUCCAUGGAUCACUGGGUCACCAAAUACACUGUUCUUACCAGUAUAGAUGGAAUUGACUUUACUCCUUACACUAGGAGUGGGGAAACAGCUACAGUUGUGUUCACUGGCAAUUCCGACAGAAAUACUCUGGUCAGAGGUUUGUUUGACAGAGAAAUAAUUGCCAGAUAUGUUCGAAUCCAGCCUCAGGAAUGGAAUGUCAUGAUUGCUCUCCGUUUUGAUGUUCUAUCAUGUUCAGGGCUUACAAGUGGACCAGCCACUGUUGCCCCACCAGGCGUCUCCGGAAGUCCAACUGCCGUUCCACCAGGCGUCUCCGGAAGUCCAACUGCCGUUCCACCCGGUGUCUCCGGAAGUCCAACUGCCGUUCCACCAGGUGUCUCCGGAAGUCCAACUGCCGUUCCACCAGGCGUCUCUGGAAGUCCAACUGCCGUUCCACCAGGCGUCUCCGGAAGUCCAACUGCCGUUCCACCAGGUGUCUCUGGAAGUCCAACUGCCAUCCCACCAGGUGUCUCUGGAGGUCCAACUGCCGUUCCACCCGGUGUCUCUGGUAGCCCAACCCCUUCACCCAAGGCUGGAAUCUCUGGAAUUCCAACUCCAAAGACUGGGAUUUCGAGAAGCCCAACUGCCGUUCCACCCGGUGUCUCCGGAAGUCCAACUGCUGUACCACCAGGCGUCUCUGGUAGCCCAACUGCCGUUCCACCAGGCGUCUCCGGAUCUCCAACUGCUGUACCACCAGGCGUCUCCGGAAGUCCAACUGCUGUACCACCAGGCGUCUCCGGAAGUCCAACUGCCGUUCCACCAGGCGUCUCUGGAAGUCCAACUGCCGUUCCACCAGGUGUCUCUGGAAGUCCAACUGCCAUCCCACCAGGUGUCUCUGGAAGUCCAACUGCCGUUCCACCAGGCGUCUCUGGAAGUCCAACUGCCGUUCCACCAGGUGUCUCCGGAAGUCCAACUGCCGUUCCAUCAGGCGUCUCCGGAAGUCCAACUGCCGUUCCACCAGGCGUCUCCGGAAGUCCCACUGCCGUUCCACCAGGCGUUUCCGGAAGUCCAACUGCCGUUCCACCAGGCGUCUCCGGAUCUCCAACUGCUGUUCCACCAGGCGUCUCCGGAAGUCCAACUGCCGUUCCACCAGGCGUUUCCGGAAGUCCAACUGCCGUUUCACAAGGUGUCUCUGGAAGUCCAACUGCCGUUCCACCAGGCGUCUCCGGAAGUCCAACUGCCGUUCCACCAGGCGUUUCCGGAAGUCCAACUGCCGUUCCACCAGGCGUUUCCGGAAGUCCAACUGCCGUUCCACCCGGUGUUUCUGGAAGUCCAACUGCCGUUCCACCAGGCGUCUCCGGAAGUCCAACUGCUGUUCCACCAGGCGUUUCCGGAAGUCCAACUGCUGUUCCACCAGGCGUCUCCGGAGGUCCAACUGCCGUUCCACCAGGCGUUUCUGGAAGUCCAACUGCCGUUCCACCAGGCGUUUCCGGAAGUCCAACUGCUGUUCCACCAGGAGUGUCGUCCGGUGUCCUGUGCAGCCAGCCAAUGGGAUUAGACAACGUUUUAAUUGUCAAGGACUCUCAGCUCACAUCCUCAGGAUUUAGUGGCAACAGAUUCAAUGCUCCUGCUGGACGUCUCUUCAAUGAAUUCGGAGCCUGGUCACCCAAAGUCAACAACGGUGACCAGUGGAUCAUGGUGAAUUUCCUGAAGCCACAGGUCCUUAAUGGUAUCUUGACCCAAGGAAGCUCCAUCAGUGACAAAUGGGUUACACAAUUCAUCGUGUCCUACAGUACAGACGGCUUCACCUUUACUCCUAUCAAAGACUCAGCAACAGGAAAGAGCAUGAUCUUCACUGGGAACAGCGACAGGAACACCGUCAUGAAGAACAUCUUCCCCGAGCAGGUGACUGUUCAGUACAUCAAGAUCACCCCCUUCGCCUGGUCUCCAGCUGGAAUUGGAAUGCGUUUCAACUUGCUGGGCUGCUACAAGCCAAGUGUCCAACCCACACUGACACCUACUGCCAAGCCUUCAGUUGCCCCUGGGUUCACAAUGACAACUGGAGUUACCAUGCCAGAGCCAUCACCAGUGUCAACGCUUGAACCAGUCUGCACUAUUCCCAUGGGAGUGGAAAACUACAGGAUUGUUGGCGAAAGUCAGUUGACUGCUUCAUCGGAGAAGGACAAGGCACAUGGUUCAAUCUAUGCACGAAUCAACCAAGGAACGGACGAGUUUGCUGGGUCAUGGGUCCCCGCACCCACAGAUAAAACACCCUGGAUUCAGGUAGAUUUCCUAGAGCCCAAGACUGUCUCGGGUGUAAUAACCCAGGGAUCCGGAAAGGACAACAGCUGGGUUGAGACCUACACCGUCAGUUACAGCUUCGAUGGCAAAACCUUCACUGACUACACUGACACUGCGGGCAAGCCCGCCAAGGUGUUCAAUGGCAGCUCUGACUCCAAAACACCAGUUCCUGUCCUUUUCAACAGAGAUAUCACUGCACGUUUCGUCCGUAUUGUUCCAUUGACGUCUACCGGAGAAACAUCCCUCAGAUUCAACAUCCUCGGUUGCAAUCCAUCCCCAACUAAUCCCCUGAUACCAACAACAGCAGGAGCUCCCACAGCUAGUCCUCCAGUCGGCGGAAAGAGCGGUGUACCCACAGCCAGCCCAAGUGCUGGUCAAGGCCCAACAGCCAGCCCAAGCGCUGGACAAAGUGGUCAGCCAACAGCUAGCCCUAGCGCUGAACAGAGUGGUCAACCAACAGCUAGCCCUAGCGCUGGACAGAGUGGUCAACCAACAGCCAGCCCAGUCCCGGAACUCACCACUCCAUCUGUGUGUCUCAUCCCAAUGGGUAUCGAGAACUCCUACUUUGUCAGCAACAGCCAGCUCACAUCUUCAUCCUCUAUUGAUGCCAAACAUUCUGCAGCAGCAGGGCGUUUAUACACAAAUGGAGCAUGGAGCCCAUCAUCAACUGACAAACAGUGGAUCCAAGUGGACUUCCUGAAGCCAACUCUCAUCUCUGGUGUGAUGACACAAGGUAGCCCCGAAGCUCCUAAAUGGGUAACGAAAUACAGCGUCUUCUAUGGAUUUAACGGACAAGACUUUUCCCCAUACACAAUUAUCCCUGGAGAGUCAACACCUGCCGUCUUCGAGGGAAAUAUGGAUAAAAACACACCAAUUAGGAACCUGUUCAACCGUGACAUCACUGCACAGUAUGUCCGCAUCGUGCCAAUGGAGUGGUCAAAGGACGGUAUUGCCAUGCGUUUCAAUAUCCUUGGUUGCACACCACCACAGCCCAAGCCACCAACAGCCAUUCCUGGCGUUCCUACAGCCUCUCCUCCCUUUGGACAAUCUACACAAGGACCCUUCCUCAAAUGUGAUGUUCCCAUGGGAAUUGAAAACCCUGGUCUCAUUGGUGACAGACAACUCUCAGCAUCUUCUUCCCUCAACCAGUUCACCGGUGCCGAGCGUGCACGACCCUACACUCAGAAGGAUGGCGCUUAUUCGGGAGGUUGGAUUCCAAAAUACACAGACACGAAGCAAUGGAUCGAGGUUGACUUCGGUGCAAGCUAUGCAAUAGCUGGCGUCUCUACUCAAGGACGAUCUGAUGGUGCUACAUGGGUGACCAAGUACGAGGUCUACUACAGCAACGACGGGCGUACUUUCAAUGCAGUCAACACAGCUCCAACAGACUCAGUUCCACGUGUGUUCGAGGGUAACUUUGAUCAGAACACCCCCCCUCAUAACGUCUUCCCCGAAAUUAAUGCACGGUUUAUAAGGAUCAGACCAGUGGAAUGGCAUGAAGCAAUCGGAAUGAGGUUCAACGUCUACGGAUGCCAACUUCCUUCUGCCACGCCAUCCGUACCAACUGGACUCACAGUGCCAACAGCUAUUCCAACAGCUGCCCCAACGGUCAGCCCUGUUUUCACGAACGCCCCAUCUACCUCAUCCUGCAUGUACUGGACACCAUGGGUCAACUCCAAUACCCCAGACACCAAUGGCGAAUACGAGUCAUUCUGGGACAUGAUGACCGUGGUGAAGAUCUGUGACACCAAGUACGUCAAGAAAAUGGAAUGCAGAACAGCUACAGGCAAAAUACCAUUCGACCAGACAGGAGAAACCGGAGUCAUGUGUAACCUUGACACCAAGUCCCUUGUCUGUAUGAACACAGAUCAAAAGGGAGGCAAAACGUGCUCCGACUAUGAAAUAAGAGUCUUCUGUGAUGAAUGCGGUAAGCCUACAGCAGCACCUACAGUCAAGUCUCAGCUGCCCACAGCUGCCCCCAAGGCUUGUGAUAACAAAUGGUCGGACUGGAUCAACAGACACGAACCUGAUGCUGUCGGUGAGACUGAAAAGGUGACAAAGGAAGACCUCGAUAGACACUGCGCUGGUGGUUCUGUAGGCGAGGUCGAGUGUCAGACAGUUAAGGAAAACAUGGCUUUCUAUCUCAGUGGGGAUAUUGUGACAUGUGAUGCUCAAACCGGACUCUCCUGCAAGCACAGCGACAACACGCCAAUGAAGUGUCAUGACUACAAGAUGAGAUUCAAGUGCCAGUGUGAAAGCGCACCAACAGCUAAACCUCCAACAUCUGGGACAGAGGUUCCUUCUACUGCCACCUGUACAACUAGCCAGUGGAGCCGAUGGAUCAACCAGGACAAGCCUGGUGUUGGUGGAGGCGACUACGAGAAGAUCUCACCUGAGUUGCAGAAGCAAUACUGCUCUGGAGGAAAACUCACUAAGAUCGAGUGCAUGACGGUCGAUGGUAUUGAAUAUUAUAGCAGUGGUGAGGUAAUGCAGUGUACAAUGGCAGGUGGAUCCACUUGUAACAAUGCUGAUAAUUUCCCAAUGCCUUGCAGCGACUACCAGAUUCGCUACUUCUGUGAAUGUACAACACCAGUAACCACUGGAGCUCCAACUGCCAGUCCCGGAAUUGGAGGAAGUGGUACACCAACAGCCAGUCCUGGAAUUGGAGGAAGCGGUACACCUACUGCCAGCCCCGGAAUUGGAGGAAGUGGUACACCAACAGCCAGCCCUGUAAUUGGAGGAAGCGGUACACCAACUGCCAGCCCUGGAACAACAUCUUGCACCAAGUCUCAAUGGACCCCAUGGGUGAACAAUGACAAGCCCACAACUGGAGACGGUGACCGUGAGGUACUUACAGGAAGCCAAAUGUCUCAGUAUUGUGCUGGAGGAAGACUUGCCAAGAUAGAAUGUAGAACAGUCGAUGGCAUAGAGUAUUUCAGCAGCGGUGACAUUAUGAAGUGUGAUCUUACUAAUGGUGCUCUCUGCAAGAACGAGGACAAUUUCCCAAUCAAGUGCAACGAUUAUGAGGUUCGCUACUACUGUGACUGUCCAACACCAACAGCUAGCCCAGUACCCGUCAAAACUAAUCUUCCAGCAGCCACGCCACCACAGUCUAGCACAGGUGCUCCCUCUGCUGGUCCUGAAGUACAGUGUACAAACAGCCAGUGGUCUUCCUGGAUCAACAGAGAUCAUCCCAAUGUUGGUGACGGCGAUUAUGAAUCAAUGACAGCUGAAGAGUUGUCUAAAUUCUGCCCAGGAGGAAAGAUCACGGAAGUCAAAUGUGAAACUGUUGAUGCUAUCCCGUCCUACAGUAGUGGAGAACUUAUGACCUGCGACAAGCACCAAGGUGUCGUCUGUAGGAACGAAGACAACUUCCCAAUGCCAUGCAGUGACUACCGGAUUAUGUACUACUGUCAGUGUGCACCAACUGCUUCACCCCCUACAGGAACAGCAGGUACACCAACAUCCAGCCCCAUUGCAGGACAGAGUGGUCAGCCAACAGCCAGCCCAAGUGCAGGUGGUCUACCAACAGCCAGCCCCAUUGCAGGACAGAGUGGUCAGCCAACAGCCAGCCCAAGUGCAGGUGGUCUACCAACAGCCAGCCCAAGUGCAGGUGGUCUUCCAACAGCCAGCCCAAGUGCAGGUCAGAGUGGUAAGCCAACAGCUACUCCAGGUGUCCCUGGACAGAGCGGCGUUCCAUCAGCCAGUCCAAGCACAGGAUUGAGCGGUCAGCCAACAGCAAGCCCUACUGUCACAUCUUGUUCUCAAAGCCAUUACUCCAACUGGGUAAACAGAGAUUUGCCCGAGUCAGGAAAUGGAGACCAUGAGGCUAUGACCCCUGAUGAGUUGUCUCAAUUCUGUAAGGGAGGCCAGGUUACCAAAAUCGAAUGUUACACCAAUGACAUCCCGUCAUACAGCUCUGGAGAACUGGUGACUUGCGACAUGAAGAGUGGUCUUACUUGCAACAACGCAGACAACGCCCCCGUGCCAUGCUCCGACUACAAGGUCCGCUACUUCUGUGAUUGCAGUGGAACCCCACAGGUGACAUUGACACCAACCAACAAGAACAUUGCUAUCCGAUGUGACUGGUCUCCUUGGAUCAACACCGACACACCAGACUCCGGUCAUGGUGACAUGGAAACCAUUGAGUCCAUCAAGACUAAGCAUGGCGUCUGCAAGAACAUGAAGCAGAUUGAGUGCAGAAUCGCUGGCACAAACACAAUGUCCAGUGCGGCUGGUCAGAGCAGAGUCACAUGUGAUGUGGACAAUGGUCUCCGGUGCUACAACAACGAACAGCUGUCUUCCAAGUGUUACGACUAUGAAGUUAGGGUUCUCUGCUGGGAAGACACAUGCCAAGGUCCAAUACCCACUGCAGGUCCAACUGCUGGUCCAAAUAUCCAAACCACCGGUUCUGUUAACGUCCCCACCGCAACUGCAGGAACUUCAUCCUCGACCGUUGCUCCCCUGGAGAGAACCACUACCGCUGUGUGUCCUCCCGGAGAGAUGUGGAACGCCUGUGCCCACACCUGUGACCAGCUCUGCAACGCUGUGUCCGGCGACAUCUGCGACGGCACAAACCCCCAACAAUGUGUCCCAGGCUGCAAGGACGAGACAAUCACUGUCCCUAAAUGUGCCGAUGGCGAGAGACUCAAUUACAACGGCCAGUGCGUGAAGGCAGAAUUCUGUUCAUGCAAGAAACCCGAUGGUACAUUUGCUCAGCCCUUCGAGUUCUACAAGAACCCUCUUGAUGAGUGUUCAAUGUGCCACUGUUUCAACAACGCUGCCGUCUGCACAAAGGAUGAUAGUUGUGUUCCUACAGCUGGACCAUCUGUUCAACCAACCAUUCAACCACAGUGUCAUUGGACCAACUGGAUCAACGUUGACAAGCCAACAACUGGCGAUGGUGAUGUUGAAUCAAUCCUGAAACUGAGAACCACCAACACAUUCUGUGCUCAUCCCGUCAGCAUUGAAUGUCGCGAGGCAUCCUCUAAGACAUCAGCAAUGGAGUCUGGGGAGAAGGUUACCUGUGACCUCACUACUGGCUUUACCUGCUACAACUGGGAGAACAGCGGAGUUUGCGGCGACUAUGAGGUCCGCUUCUACUGCCCGUGCGCAUCAACCGUAUCCCCAUCAACUGGACAAUCUGGACUGCCAACUGCCUCCCCAAGCGGACAAGCUGGUCAGCCAACUGCCUCCCCAAGUGGACAAGCUGGUCAGCCGACUUCCUCCCCAAGUGGACAAACUGGUCAGCCGACUGCCUCCCCAAGUGGACAAGCUGGUCAACCAACUGCCUCCCCAAGUGGACAAACUGGUCAGCCGACUGCCAGCCCAAGCGGACAAACAGGUCAGCCAACUGCCAUCCCUAGCGGACAAACAGGUCAGCCAACUGUUUCACCUCCUUUCUGUGGAUGGUCAGCAUGGACUAACUCUGAUCAUCCUGAUGUUAUUGUUCCAAAUAAACCAUUCGAGGGUGACAUCGAAUCAAUUGCUUCCCUCAUGACCAAAACCACCGUCUGCAGUCACGAAAUGAUGAAGAAGGUUGAAUGCAGAGUAGCAGGUACCAAACAGAUGGCAUCUGCAGCUGGUCAGUCGGUCACAUGUGAUGCUAUACGUGGUCUCCGAUGCAAUAAUCUGAAACAAGUAGAUGGAAAGUGUCUUGACUACGAAAUGAGAGUGUUCUGCGACUGUUCCGCUUUGCCUACUGCAAGACCAAGUGUUGGGCCAAGUGGUGUCCCAACAGCCAGCCCAGGAGUUACAGGAAAGGUCGGUCUGCCAACAGCUACUCCAGGCAUUGGACAAAGUCGUCAGCCAACAGCCAGCCCAAGUGCUGGACAGAGUGGUCAGCCAACAGCCAGCCCAAGUGCAGGACAAAGUGGUCAGCCAUCAGCUAGCCCAGUUGUUACAGGAAAGAGCGGUCAGCCAACAGCCAGUCCAAGUGCAGGCCAGAGUGGUCAGCCCACAACCAGCCCAGGCAUAGGCCUUAGUGGUCAGCCAACAGCCAGUCCAAGUGCAGGCCAGAGUCGUCAGCCAACAGCCAGCCCAGUAUCUGGAUCAUCAUUCAGUGUGGCUCCAGGCAUGGAGACAACAGCAGUUGCUGGCCAAACCACAACACCAGUGCUCAUCUGCCCAAAUCCAAUGACCAACACUGCCACUCUAGAAGUACCGGACAGCCAUCUCAGCGCAUCUUCCAGUCUCUCCACAUAUGCAGGACCACAAAGAUCUAGAAUUGAUGCCAUAUCUGACAAUCUCAAUAUCGGAGCUUGGAUGCCCAAGUCAAUGGACAAAGGACAAUGGAUUGAAGCCAGAUUUGACCACCCUGAAUAUAUCAAUGCUAUUAUCACCAAGGGACGUGAGGGAUCAUCACAGUGGGUGAAGGCAUUCAUAAUUGCUUACUCUAUGGAUGGACAGACCUUCCAGUACUAUGAACAGAAUGCAGGCACUCCUAAGGUCUUCAACGGAAACUUUGACGGAGACAGUGCUGUGAGAUCAGUGUUGACCCCAAUUGUUGCUAAGUACAUCCGAAUCCAACCAGUUAUGUGGGAAGGAGCAAUCGCUCUCAGGUUCAGCAUCGUUGGCUGCAGAGCUCCCGAGGAGGUACUUCCUACCCUGGUGCCAUCUGCUGGUCCUUCAGUAGGUCCUACAGCUUCACCUCAGCAGACCUGCGUGACAAGCUCCUGGUCCUCUUGGGUCAACACCAACACGGCCACAGAAGGACAGCAUGAGUUUAUGACCAAGCAGCAGCUUACUGAUUUCUGUCCCACUGGCAAAGUGGACAAGGUAGAAUGCGAGACUGUAGACAGUAUUCCAUCCUACAGUACUGGGGAGAUUAUGCAGUGCUCAGUUGAGAACGGCCUCGUCUGUAACGACAAAGACAACUUCCCCAUCCCCUGCAGUGACUACAGAGUCAGAUACCACUGUGACUGCUCUGGUGUACCAACAGCCAGCCCACCAAGUCAAACCGGAAGUGGCCUCCCAACUGCAAGCCCCGGGCAAGGAGUAAGUGGAACCCCAACAGCAAGCCCCGGAGUUCAACUAACGGCCAGCCCAACACCAAACAUACCAGCUGGAUGCAAAGAAGACAUGGGUAUGGCAAACGGCUUCAUCCGCAAUGACAUGAUCUCCGCCUCCUCCUACCGCGACGGCCUCCACUCUGCCAUCAGUGCACGUCUUGGAGGUAACAGCGCCUGGUUGGCUGCUGAAGAGAACAAGAAGCAAUACAUCCAGGUUGACUUCCUCGCUCCUAGAAUCAUCACCGGUGUCACCACUCAGGGACGACCGACUGCUCCUAGCUACGUGACCUCCUACAAGGUCUUCUACUCCUACGACGGUGCCAACUGGAAUGCCUACAGAGAGACAAAGGGAGAGGAUAAGGUGUUUUCCGGCAACUUCGACAACGAGACUCCUGUGACCAACAUGUUCAUGACUCCAAUCCGAGCCCGCUAUGUCAGGAUCAGCCCUCAGACAUGGAGCGGCAUGAUGGCCCUGAGAUUCGAGAUCCACGGAUGCUUCGAGAGCUACCCAACUGUGUCGCAAACGCCAGUGAACCCCCCUGAAACCAACAGGCAAACCCAUCGGUUCCUCCACCGUUGCGCCAGGUCAGACAGUGACACCCUUCCUUCCAGCCGGAUGUGUCAUCUGGGACUCAUGGGUCAACCUUGGUCAAGUGACACUGACAUCCAAUGGCGACCGUGAACCAAUCGACGAGGUCAAGAAGGCAUCACUGACAUGUCAACAGCCAAUGAGCAUCGAGUGCCGAACAGCCACCCCUGACCACACCGCUUCCGGUGAGACAGGUCAGAAGGUAACCUGUAAUUUGUGGA